CGGAAGCUCCCGGCUGGCUGACAGAGCCCAGGCUUCCCUGAUCGCUGCAACCGGGGAGUUGCUGUUCUGCGGCUUGGGUGACUUCAAGAGGCCCGACUCGGGAUCGGGGUGUGCGCCCGCCGGGAGCUGCGCGGCGGGAUGAUGGAGGAAGAGGAACUGGAGUUCGUGGAGGAGCUGGAAGCCGUGCUGCAGCUCACGCCCGACGUGCAGCUCGCCAUAGAGCAGGUAUUUCCAAGCCAGGAUCCUCUAGAUCGAGCAGAUUUCAAUGCUGUGGAGUAUAUCAAUACCCUGUUCCCCACAGAGCAAUCUCUGGCAAACAUAGAUGAAGUUGUGAACAAGAUUAGACUGAAAAUAAGGAGACUGGAUGACAACAUUCGAACUGUUGUAAGAGGUCAAACAAAUGUGGGGCAAGAUGGCAGGCAAGCACUUGAGGAGGCCCAAAAAGCGAUUCAGCAACUCUUCGGCAAAAUCAAAGAUAUCAAAGACAAAGCAGAAAAAUCAGAGCAAAUGGUUAAAGAAAUCACCCGUGAUAUUAAGCAGUUAGAUCAUGCCAAACGCCACCUGACCACCUCAAUUACAACGCUGAACCACCUGCACAUGUUGGCAGGUGGCGUCGAUUCCCUCGAAGCCAUGACCAGGCGAAGACAGUAUGGAGAAGUUGCUAACCUUCUUCAGGGUGUAAUGAAUGUCCUGGAGCACUUCCACAAGUACAUGGGUAUUCCACAGAUCCGGCAGCUUUCUGAAAGAGUGAAGGCUGCCCAGACUGAGUUAGGACAGCAAAUCCUGGCCGAUUUUGAAGAAGCAUUUCCUUCCCAGGGUACCAAGAGGCCAGGCGGACCCAGCAAUGUCCUACGAGACGCAUGUCUGGUUGCUAAUAUUUUGGACCCCAGAAUCAAACAGGAAAUCAUCAAAAAAUUUAUUAAACAGCAUCUGUCAGAGUAUCUAGUACUUUUUCAAGAAAACCAAGAUGUGGCCUGGCUGGACAAAAUCGACAGACGCUAUGCCUGGAUAAAACGCCAGCUUGUGGACUAUGAGGAGAAGUAUGGCCGAAUGUUUCCUCGGGAGUGGUACAUGACUGAGAGGAUUGCAGUGGAAUUUUGCCAUGUCACAAGGACAGAACUUGCCAAGAUUAUGCGUACCAGAGCUAAGGAAAUUGAAGUGAAAUUGCUUCUUUUUGCUAUUCAGAGAACGACUAACUUUGAGGGAUUUCUUGCAAAACGCUUCUCUGGCUGCACUCUGGCAGAUGGAAGCCUGAAAAAACUCGAAUCUCCACCCCCAUCCACCAAUCCCUUCCUGGAGGAUGAGCCAACACCAGAGAUGGAGGAACUGGCCGUGGAGAAAGGAGAUUUAGAUCACCCAAGGAAGCCUAAAGCCCCAGACAAUCCAUUUCAUGGCAUUGUUUCCAAGUGUUUUGAGCCUCAUCUCUACGUGUAUAUUGAGUCCCAGGACAAAAACCUUGGAGAGCUGAUAGAUCGGUUUGUGGCCGAUUUCAAAGCCCAGGGGCCCCCUAAGCCCAACACCGAGGAAGGCGGUGCCGUGCUCCCCAGCUGUGCCGACCUCUUUGUCUACUACAAGAAGUGCAUGGUGCAGUGCUCUCAGCUCAGCACUGGGGAGCCAAUGAUCGCCCUGACCACCAUUUUCCAGAAGUACCUCCGAGAAUAUGCCUGGAAAAUCCUCUCUGGCAACCUGCCCAAAACCACAAGCAGCAGUGGAGGGCUGACCAUCACCAGCCUCCUCAAGGAAAAGGAGGGCUCAGAAGUAGCCAAGUUCACUUUAGAGGAGCUCUGCCUCAUCUGCAGCAUCCUGAGCACAGCAGAGUACUGUCUGGCCACUACCCAGCAGCUAGAAGAAAAACUCAAAGAAAAAGUUGACAUAAGUCUGACUGAACGAAUCAAUCUGACUGGAGAGAUGGACACGUUCAGCACUGUCAUCUCUAGCAGCAUUCAGUUGUUGGUUCAGGAUCUGGAUGCGGCCUGCGACCCUGCCCUGACUGCCAUGAGCAAGAUGCAGUGGCAGAAUGUGGAGCAUGUUGGUGACCAGAGCCCCUAUGUCACCUCUGUCAUUCUUCACAUUAAGCAGAACGUCCCCAUCAUCCGUGACAACCUGGCUUCUACACGGAAAUACUUCACUCAGUUCUGCAUUAAAUUUGCAAACUCCUUCAUUCCCAAGUUCAUCACCCACCUCUUCAAGUGCAAGCCAAUUAGCAUGGUGGGAGCAGAACAGCUGCUGCUGGACACCCAUUCCCUGAAGAUGGUCCUGCUCGAUCUGCCCUCCAUUGGCUCACAGGUGGUGAGGAAAGCACCCGCCAGUUACACGAAGAUUGUGGUGAAAGGCAUGACCCGGGCGGAGAUGAUCCUCAAGGUAGUGAUGGCCCCUCACGAACCCUCGGUGGUGUUUGUUGACAACUACAUCAAACUCCUCUCGGACUGCAACACAGACACCUUCCAGAAGAUACUGGACAUGAAGGGGCUGAAGAGGAGUGAGCAGAGCAGCAUGCUGGAACUCUUCCGCCAGCGGCUCCCCGCGCCGCCCUCGGGGCCUGAAGGCUCCAGCUCACUGUCCCUCUUGACUCCGACACCAGAACAGGAAUCAUCCCGCAUCCGCAAACUGGAGAAGCUAAUUAAAAAGAGACUGUAGGAGCGCUGGCCAGCGACCCCCAGCGCCCGACUCCCUGGAAGCCCCCACCUCUCCUGUGCUUACCCCGACUCUCAGAUUGUCGAUCUUGAAACUUCCUGGGACACUUGGGUUGUUAACGUGCCUCUCCCACACCCUGUCUUCAUUCCUGUCGUAAUUGGAGAAGCCAAGUUAAGGGCCGGGUUACAAACAGGCAGCUCUGCUGGCCUCUGACUCCGGCAGCAGAGGCAGCACUGGGCGAGAGGGCCCCGCACACCACCGUUGCAUGGCGCCGCUCUCAGCUGCUACCGUCGUCACUGACUCCGUGGCCUCCCCCUCUGCUGUCUCGCCCCCUGGCAUGUGGCCCUCAUCCCUGCCAUGCGCCUGUCCAGGCAGCUUGGGUGACCACGCCCAGAUCUUGCCUGUCCUCUGCCUGCCACUGUUGGAGGUUGGCUCUAAGGGCCCGAGUUAAUGAAGGGGCAGGUACAGGUGCAGGAAAUCGGUCCUUCUCUAUGAGGGAGAUGGAAGCCAGAACACUCUUCCGAGUGAAUCCCAGUUUAGGUACCUAUUUUGUUUCUGGUACUUUUCGACUCGGCCUCGUUAUCCCUGUAUUCUCAUUUCUCAUGAAUCUCCAGUUUGCCCUGUAUGUACAUCCACAGGAAGAUUUUUCUCUUGUGUCUCCCACGCAGGGCUGGGUGCUGGGGGCUCCCGGGCAAGGUGCAGGGACAGACCGGCAUCUGCCUGGGAGAGAGGACUAUAAACUUGGCACAUGCACUGCGUGACGUAAGAAGGUUAUUUCCUCCCUUUCUAGGGGAGGGGUUGCCUUCUGUGAAGGGAAACCAGGACAUUUCCCUAGAAAAGGUUUUCUAGGCCUUCUGCUCAGAUGAAGCUCUGGGACAGCCCAGGAAGCAGGUACCCUCUAAGACCCUCCCUACCCCUCCAUCUUCAAAUGCAAAGUACUUCUGCAGAAUAGUCUGAAAACAACAGAGGAGGAGCGGUGCCCGAGUGACGUUACUUUAUUACUAACGAAGAAGAAGCCAGCCCGUGGGUCCUCAGUAGCAGACUGCUGGCCGUGCGGACCACCUCGGAACCAGGCACAGCCCAGUGUGCACCCGGCCCGGCCCAUCCAGCCUGUCCGCCGCGGGCCCUGGGCCAGGGCAGCUGUGGGGCGGGGGCGCUUGCUGCCCAGAGCCGCUUCCGUCCUCGUGCGGCGUCCUGCACCGGGACAACGGGUAACAGAGUUGCCCUGGGUCACCGGUUCCCUGGAAACCAAGCCUCCUAUGGCUCUGGUGACCAUGAGCCUCAGCAUUUGUUCGGGAAUUGUGAACAGUGUGGUGGCCAGGUAGGGCAAGAGCUAAGGAGGAAGCUGGGGGGUUUUACAGAGAACGCCUCAGGAUAAAAUUGGGAUCUCAAGUAGCCCUCAGGAUAGAGGAAGUGGCCUACAAAUUCAUAAAGCUUGUGACAGCGAUACAGUGGGAAACCUGAAGGUUUGCAAAUCUGACCAGAAACUGAUUCUCUCUCCCCUUCCCGUCUUCCCACUGCAACCACCCCACACCGUCCGUCCCCUCCAUCAGCUGCUCCCCGAGACGCGGCCCGCGGCCCGCCUGCAUCCGGGGCCUCAUUUCCUCCUCAGCCUGCAGCCAGUUCUUGCUAGUCCGUCUGACUCACGUACUGAGCGUCUAAGACUGGAGAACACUGAGAAGAAAGUAAGUGGCGUAAGAAAGAGGCGUAGCCUUUAGCUGAGCUCAGUUAGGAAAAGAUGGCUGUUCCUAUAGGGAAAGUGCGGGCAGCGUGGCAGGUGGGUUUCGCCGUGCCCGCGUCGCCCUGGUGAAGUUACAGGCCCUGCACCAAUUCUUCCCGCUUGUGCAAGAAGGGGCGGUGGGCCUGUCUCCAGAGAGCACAGUCACUUCAGCCAUCUGUCAUCGACCUAGGAAGCCAGAACAGCCAGUGGGCUGGGGCACCUGGUUCUUGUCACCCUUGGUGUCUAGAGACCCACGCUUGUUUGGUUUGUUUGCAGGGAGUCAUUUUCUGAAUGUCUCCGUCAUGGCAGGGAGACGUCAGGCCCCAUUCUCCGCAGGUUGGCGGCCGCAGCCGGGAAGGUGCUCUCCUGGUUUAUUGCGCUGUCAGUAACCUCCCAGGAGUUGGCGGGAGUAACGUGCUGAGUGUCUCAGUGAGGGGGUCUGAGCCCGCGUGAGCGCCCUGUGAGAGCGGAGGGAAGGCCCCCGAGUCACCUGGGGCUCCCGUCAAAUACAGGUGCCCAAGAUCCGCAUUAGUGAGCCUGGGGGGUCCUGGCACAUGGGUUGAGAAGUUCCAUAGGUGAUUAUAUAACACUCCUUGUUAAGAACCAUUGCAAUAGAAAUUUGCUUUAUUGAACGGUUCCUAUAGCACAUUUUCAUAACUGUGUUUUUCUGGCCCUCUAAGCAAGUGAAAAUACUGUACGAUUGAACCUCUACCAACACGGUAAAGAUUCUUUGCUGAUAGCAGCUUUAGUUUUAAACUUGCAUUGAUAGUAGGGAUGAUGCCAGAAGAUGUGCUGUCCUCAUACUCAUUAGUUUGAAAUACUCAAAUUCAUUCCUGUUUGAAGAGCCAAGCCCCACAAGAAGGUUUAUUUAUUACUGUCACUUCGAAACAACAUAUGUAAAGGAGCAGACAU